AUGAUGUCUAUUUUCCGACGGAGCUUUGCUGUCCCAAUCUUUAUCUUUGUUAGUGUCUAUUUCUGGCAAGGAAAGCUUGGGACGUAUCUUCAGCCAGGGCAGGCAUCAGAUGCAAAACGUUUGGCCAACAGUACGUUUGCAAAGAAAGACAAUACAAGUUCCAAUGGGGAGUCAACCCCUUCACUCUCGAAAGAGGAAGUAGUUGCCGCCUUUUAUCAACAUCACUAUGAUCAAAUGAAAGCCUUGGUGAAUUUUUCAUCUGUAUUACGAUGGCAUGAUGGGGGUUCCUUCAAUACAUGGAUACAGGAAUUCAAGUUCGUGACCAUUGAAAAUGCAACGACCAGCUUGGAAGAAGCCGACCUGCACAAUCACUCCUUUGUCUUUGCCAGGGAAGUCUCCCUCUGUGCGGUGGCAAAAGUGUUUGACAAAUUCCGGAAGAACAACAGCCAAGUCUCCUGGCCCCAUGUAGCCUUGAUCCGGUUCCACAAUGAUUUUGGAGCACUUUCCUCUCCACUUCGUGGACACACAGCAAGUUUGAAAUUGGGGCCUGACUUUUGGGAGAAAAGAGAAGGAUGCAGCAGGGAGUUUGUUCUCAGCUACAUCAAUCACCCUGAUACCCUUGCUAUAUUCACUAGUCAAUUUCAAAUCUUCAAACAUGAAAAGGUGUUCUCCAUACCACUGGGAAUUCCACGAUCUUGGGGCAACCUGCGGUGGUCUAUCCUCGAGGCAUACCACCCAUCCAAAACAAACAGAUCUGAACUUCUCAUGCUGAAUGUCAGACCUUGGAAAAAUCAGCGCGCUGGGGCUAUGAAACAGAUCCUGCAAAACUUCAAUGCCAGUGAUGCCAUUAUUGAGGCCAGCAUCACAAGGAAGGAAUAUGAGGGGUUGACAGCUGAGAAAGUUGCAGAAAUGAUCAAGCCCAAAGACAACAAUACAAAAAUAACCCAGAACACUUACAAUCUCUUCCAGAGUGUAAAAGGGAACAAGAAAUCGGACCCAGCGACCCAUUUGUAUUACAACCAGAUGAUGAGGUCACGUUUUGUCUGGUCUCCCUCUGGAUUAGGACUGGAUUGCUAUCGGCACUGGGAAGCCAUUUAUUUGGGAUCGAUUCCAGUGACUUCUCAUUUGGGCAGAAUGGAAGUAGAUGGAUGGAUGUCUGACACAAUGCGUGACCUCCCCAUUGUCUGGGUGGAGAACUAUGAUCAAAUUACUCCAAAGUUCCUAGAGCAAGCUUUUGACAGGAUUGUUUUGGAACCACCACCCGGGGGAUAUCGUUAUGAGAAAUUGACAAAACAGUACUGGAUUGACAAGGCAUAUUCUUUCCUUCCACCCAAUAGUCCUGGUCUGAACCAAAAACGACAACAAACACAUAGUCAUGGAUGAGAAGCUGGUUAUGCUGUACAGCAGCCAACCCUUGUUGAUGCUGCUUGGGACAAGCUCCCAGUGCCGCGAAACGUUGGCAAUCCUUGCGUCGUACCGGUGUUGGUACCAGUACCGGCACGGAACUUGCAGAACGGUAAGGUGACUUUCGCUCGGCCAAUGCCACUGGUACCGGUGAGUACAGUGUUCGUACGGGAACGACCUGGCCACGCACAACAUGGAGUUGGUGUGUGCCAGUCAAGUACAAAAGAGAGCUGCGCCUUUUUCGAGCUACGGUGUACCUAGCUCUAGCCAGAUGUCAGGCGGCAACCAACACACAUGCAACCUCUUCUGUUGAAGAGAGAUUGGCUACCGUAUAGCCCACCGUGCAACGAAGUUUGGGUCUAGCUAGAUAGUCCAUGAAAAUAGCAUUCUAGUACGCGUAGAAUCCCUACGUUUUUACAAGUACUAGCAUUGCAUGAAGAACUAAUACGACUCGGGAAAGGCAUUGGGUGAAUGACAGCAUGCUAGCUGGUAUGAUGGAACCAAAUCACCGCAUGCAAUUCGUAGGAGGAAAAAACAACCUUACACAAUCUCCACGGAGGAUACUUGUUUGGAGGGAGGCGUUGAGUGAGGAGGUGGGGCUGAUUGGUCUGGUGAUUCACAAGGUGUGUCAUUGCCUUUCUCUUGCUGUUCGUUGUCAUCUAGUGACAGUUCAUCACCCUCAAGGUCUUCGCUUGCGGUUGGACUAAUGGGUUCGUCAUCCCAGAAAGCAAUCGAUUGAGCUGUUCGUGACGUUUGUGGAGUUUUUGGGUUUGUCUUUGCAAGAGGAAUGGUGAUUUCGACGUUAUCUUCUCGGUUGUCCUCUUUUCGACAGCAAUGGACGAUGCCAAAGACGAAACUCAGCAAGCAAAUCCCAGCCGCCAUCCCCACGAGGAAUGCCGCGGCAAACUCGUCGUUGCGAACUUCCUCCUUUACCGCACAGGGACUUUUCGUCUUGUCCAUGCCGGCAACAGUGAGAUUAAUCGUUUCCAUAACUACAGCUGCCUCAGCUUGAGCUUCCUUGAGUUUCUCUUGAAAUGCCAGACCGCUGUAAAACAAGCAAAGGUCCGACGUGUCAUUCUCGCAGGCUUGACACCACGCAUUUGUGUUCAGGACACUGCUUUGUAGGUGCGCCGUGAAACUCUUCAAGCUACAUCCUCCCAAGUCAUGACAAUGAUCGCCCAUGCGUAGGACUGUGGCCCGGGGUUGUCCCGAUGCCUUGUAGAGUAUUCGGAUAAUGUGCUCGUAAGUUUGAUCGUCCUGAUACAAUUCCACAAAGAGAGUCGAUCCGUAUCCUGGAAUGACUUCGUCCAAAAUUUCCUCAUUGGGUUCCACACUGAGGGCUGUCAUGAUGGCAAUCAAUGUGGGGUAGUCCGCCGAGGACACGAAUACCCGUUUGGUGGUGGGAUCAUUGGGAGUAUUGAGUUCAUCAUCGGUCAUGCGUUCCACAAUUUGACGUAUCAAGUUGCUGGCGAGCAAUUUGGAGGAUCUGUCGGCACCGUAUUUGGAUUGCACUUCGGUGUACCGUACGAGAGUCUUCAAGUCUUGCCAUUCGGGAUCGGUGAGGAGGGCUGCGGCAUGGGGGAAUGUCAAGAGGGAACAAAUGCCCAUGUCGGCUGUUUCGCCGGUACAAAAGACCUUGGCUUCUCGAAUCAUGUCGUAGACUUUCCAGACACUGUGCAGAGGCACAUAGGGUCCAUUGAAUCCUUGGACGGCAUAACCACUCAGUACUGGCAGAGUGGCCAAUUCGAUCAAGAGGCCCAUGUAGGCGGACUCCAUUUCAUUCCAGUCCAUGUCUUGCUGUAAAUGGAGGAGGUCCACUUGAUGAUUAAAGGUGGGGCACUGGUCUCCAGCCGCAAUGGUAAUGUCAUUGCGUGCCGCUUGGGAAAAGACGGGUACAUUGUUGUUGGACGGGAAGAGACCUUUUGCCAGCAAUUGAGCCGAGACAAUGGUAGUGUCAUAGGCCGAGCUGUCGAUUCGCACUCGCGUGGGAUGGUAUUGAUCCAAAAGACCCGUCGAGUUGUCUUGGAACUCUCGGCGAAUCCAUGCUCCCAAUUGUUCCAUUUGCAUUUCCCCGGCAGUACUCAGGGCCUGUACAGGAAAAUUAGAGUCCCCAUCGAUAAUAGUUGUGGGAGAUCCCUGCCUGGUCACUACAUGCAGCUGUCGCAGCACCAUAUUGGCUGACACUACAUGUGCUGUUGGCAGUAUCAUGGAAGCAAGGAGAGAUACUCUUCGUCGUGGAAUCAUCAUGGUUAUUUCAAGAUUACAACUAAUACUGUUGUUCUUCUUCUUCUUGUUGUUUUUCUUCUCAACAAAGUAAGAGAGAUCCGGAACAAAGACCCUAUUUCAAAUUAUGGUGAGGACUGUUGAUAGUGGAGCACUUCCUUGUAUGUGAAGGAUUUUUGAUGGACGAAAUCCAAUGCUAAUGAUUUCAAAUAUGAGGAACGUUACACUGCCAUGCGAUGAGUCCAGCGCAAUCGGGACUGCCACUCCACAUUGCUAUUGUACCGGCAUUCUACGUGCUGUACCGGUACCAAACCGUGGCAUCAUCAAAUAAAUUAUGUGAUCCAGUCUGGAGACGGACGUUC